AUGGGCUGGGCUGGAUCGGGCUGUGCUGAGGUUGGCCCAGCCCAUGGUUUUCUCUUUAAAAAAUUCCGGCCCAUGGGCUGGGCUGGAUCGGGCUGUGCUGAGGUUGGCCCAGCCCAUGGUUUUCUCUUUAAAAAAUUCCGGCCCAUGGGCUGGGCUGGGCUUGGCCCAGCCCAUUAGGACCCCUGGUGUGGGUGUGGGGUGUGGGUGUGGGGUGUGGGUGUGGGAGUGGGGUGUGGGUAUGGGUAUGGGUGUGGGAUGUGGGCGUGGGGUGUAGGUGUGAGUGUUGCUUUCACGCAUCCAGAACUCCACCCACGCCCACACCCUUGGACACACCCUACAUCCACACCUACACCCAAAUAGAAUUGUCUUUAAUGCGACAGUUUGCUGUGAUAUGAUCAUUGUAUUGUUGACAAUUAUAACAACGUAAAAUUUUGAAAGGUAGAGUGUAUGGUUGGAUCACGAACUACGUAUUGUCAUCAUCUAGUAGUAAUCUUUUGUUCUUUAGAAUUUUGUUGACUUCUUGAUUAGAUGACAAGUCAAUUCGUACUUUUGAAACUGGUAUACCAACUUUGAUGUAAAUACGUUCGACUUUAAUGGUUGUCAGAUAUUGCUUUUGAUAUCCGAUUUAAAUUCUAUUAGAUCCCAUUGUG